CCGCGGGAAAAAAUGCUUCCUCGUCUGUUCACUUCAUGUUUAUAAUUUUACUGUUUUAUGAGUAAUUGUUAAUAAAUAAAAUAAUAAUUGCAAUAUGUAUCCAAUAUCUGAUAACGUGAGACAAGAUUUGGUCACUGUGGUUCCUGCAUCUUUAAUUAACGAGAUAUCUUGUUUCGUUUUCUACGACCAUCAUCCGCGAGAUAACAAGAAUAUUGAUAUUAUUGUUUGUACUACGAGAUGUGAAGUAAAAGAGUUUUAUCAACGAGAUUCUGUAUAUUCGAUUGGUCUCGAAAUUAAUUCAAAACCCAUUGAAAUAAAAAUCCUUAGGAAUAACAAGUGUGAACAGUUUUACUUAGUUGCUACCAAAAAUGAAGUUGUUGUGUUGACAAGAAAAGAAGAGUUACGAGUUUUACAUACUAUCGAUAAUGUGGAUAGCUAUGAGGUGGGGGAUUCCUUGUGUAGAGGAAAAGCAUGUCUUAAAAUUAUUCGCAAUGAUGAUGCAGUACCAUUGGUUUUUGAUGACAGCUUUGUCAACUUGGGAAUAAGAGCUGAAAUCCUGGAAUCUUUGAGUGCAGACGAUACAUCGCCGGUAAUGACACACCUCAAAAGGAAGCUGACACAGGCUAAGUAUGACGUGAAGGAGAAUGAGAAAAUCUACAAUGAUUUGAUGAAAUUGAGGCAAGGUGCUGCUUACUUAUAUUAUAAAACAGUUAGUCCAAACUCUGCUGAUGCAGUUUUUAAUGAAGCUGGGGGAUCCAGUGGAGGAUUAUCAAUGAAAAAUCAAAGUCCAUGGGUCAAAAUCUGUAAUAAAAGUAUUGUUGCAGUCUUUGAACUACUGGAUAAGACUAAAGUGCCAGUUGAAGAUAUGUAUUUUUUACUUGACAAUCCAACAUCCCUUUCAAUGGUAUAUACUACAAAGUUAUAUGAAAAAAUUCCCAUAUCACCAUUUUGGAAAGAAAAUAACUCUACUAAAAUUAAUAAAGACAGUACCACUGCAGUAGUCCUUGUCAUUGAUAUGAAGGAGUUCAAAUAUAAUGUCAAUGUGGGAAUAGAGUUAUUCGGUGUUGUUGCAUACAAAUCUGAAGGCAAAGAGCAGUUUCUGAGUAUUGAAAAUAUAUGUUUGUCACCCUCAGAUAUUAUGGGUGAACACUUUGAUGUAUUAUCGACAGUCCAUUCACAAGAUAAAGAUAACUACAAAUUACUGGCGUUACUAGCUACCACAGAAAAGACUCAACUCCUGUUAAGGCACAUCAAACAGGAAAAUGAUCCACAAGUCAAUUUACUAGACAUACUUUGUGAGCAUUUGCACAUGGAGAGAAUAACUGCUGCUCAUAAUAUAAUUAUUCACAAACAGUCUCCUUAUCACAUACUUCAUGGUGUUUUAAUCAUAGAAGAUUUAGUGGCAAGUGAAGUUGGUAAAUGGAGUAUUUCUUUACAUACCAGGUCACCUUCUCAAUUUCUGGCGUUCAUCCACUACUUGCACGAUGCUGUACCCUACAGAGUCUUACCAACAACAACUAAUCAGAUAAUUACCUCCAGAGGGGAACACGACCUAUCUGUAUAUGAUGAAGACCCUACUAAUACUUUUAAAGAAAUUAACUAUAUGGGAAUUCAUACAUCUACACUUAAGCAGACUGCUACAUUGAUUGAAUACCUUGAUGAUUGCAUGACUAAAAUGAAUGAUAGCAGGGAUCCAGCUGUUCUUAAUAAGAUUGGCACCGAGAUUGAUAUUUUUGCUGGUGGUCAAAUUUCAUAUGUUGAGUUCAGAAAGAAAUUGUUACAAGAGGCCUUACAAGGCAUAAGAGAUGCUGAAAAUCAGUCCUCUAGAACAGUAUUUCAAGGUACAAGUAUGACUUUUUCCUUUGAUGAUUUGGACUGAUAAAACAUUGUAGUCUUUUUGAUCUUCUGUGAUAGUAGAAAUAAAAUCACUUUUUACAUGUUUUAUAAAUGAGAAAGAAGUGGUAUAAUAAAUAAAAAAUAAUGUUUCUUUA